GACGCCAUUCGCCCUCGCCUGAGCGCCGCAGCGGUCACAGCCUCUCGCGAAAUGAAGUCCUUCCUCGCCUGCGUCGCUCUCGCCCUCGCGCUCUCGUGCUCUCUCGCCGCGCCGGGGGGGCACGGGGGCUUUGGCUACGGUGGACACGGGCAUGGUGGCUUCGGGCACGGCGGCCACGGAGGCUACGGCCACGGUGGACACGGUAGCGGGUAUCAUGGCCACGGAGGGUAUUCUCACAGCUUUUUCCGCCUCGGUUAUGGACACAGUGGCCAUGGUGGCGCUGGCAUCCACGGAGGACACGGGGGUUAUGGGCAUGGCCACGGAGGCUUCGGUGGCCACGGCGGCUUCGGAGGAUAUGGCCACUGAGGCAAGAGAUAAUCAGGAUUUGAAGACAUGGAUGCACAUUUAUUUAAUGCCUGGACUUUCCUAAUUCAAUUUAAUAACUUUGAUGAAAUAAACUGUUUUG